CGGGGCGCGGCCAGGUCGCGGGGAGAGAUUGGUGGGGACAUACCUCUGGCUCCGCAGGUCCAGGUCACGUGGGUCUCCUCCUCCUAAGAGGGGCACUCAAAAACUCGCGGUCUGCAGGGUGCGCGUGACCGCGAGGGGCGAGGGGAAAGGCCGCCUCCCUCUUUCUGGCCUCGGGAAGCCCGCGGGGCCGGGGCCGCGCAGCGCGAAGCCGAGAGGAGCGCCGUCGGCCCUGCGCCUAGAGGGAACGAUUGAUGCCAUGUGGAAGGCGCUUGCUUUGCUGGUCCUGUUGGUGCUCAGCCCUGGGGGUGAUGGGCUGUUUCGCUCCUUAUACAGAAAAGCCCAUGUUUCCACCCCACAUAAAGGAGAUCCAGGACAGCCAUUAUUUCUAACUCCUUAUAUUGAAUCUGGGAAAUUUGCAGAAGGGCGACGGUUGAGUUUGGUGGCUCCUUUCCCAGGAUGGAAUUUGACAAGUUAUUCCGGCUACAUCACUGUGAAUAAGACUCACAACAGCAACCUUUUCUUCUGGUUCUUUCCCGCUCAGAUAGAGCCAUGGAAUGCUCCAGUCGUCCUCUGGCUGCAGGGCGGGCCAGGAGGCUCAUCCAUGUUUGGGCUCUUUGUGGAACACGGACCUUAUAUUGUCACAAGAAACAUGACCGUGCGUGCCAGAGACUAUCCUUGGACCACUACAUUUUCCAUGCUCUACAUUGAUAAUCCGGUGGGCACAGGAUUCAGUUUUACUGACCAUCUGCAGGGAUAUGCAGUGGAUGAAAAUGACGUGGCACGAGACUUAUACAGCGCACUAUUUCAGUUUUUCCAGCUGUUUUCUGACUAUAAAGACAAUGACUUUUAUGCCACUGGGGAGUCUUAUGCCGGGAAGUAUGUGCCCGCCAUUGCCCACUACAUCCACGUUCUCAACCCUGGGAUGGCCAUGAAGAUCAACCUGAAGGGAAUUGCUCUUGGAGAUGCGUAUUCUGAUCCUGAGUCUAUCAUAGGGGGCUACGCACCAUUCCUGUUCCAAAUUGGCUUGUUGGAUGAGAAGCAGAGAAAGUACUUCCAGAAGCAGUGCGAUGAGUGCGUGAGAUACAUCCAGGAGAAGAAGUGGUCUCUGGCCUUUGAAUUACUGGAUAAACUACUAGAUGGUGACUUAAUAAGCGAUCCUUCUUACUUACAGAAUGUUACAGGAUGUUCUAAUUACUACAACUUUUUACAGUGCAAGGAACCUGAGGACCAAAGUUACUACGGGAACUUUGUGUCCCUCCCGCAAGUGAGACAUGCCAUCCACGUGGGAAACAAGACGUUUAAUGAUGGAACCAUAGUUGAAAAGUACUUGCAAGAAGAUACAGUAAAGUCAGUGAAACCGUGGUUAACUGAAAUCAUGGAUAAUUAUAGGGUUCUAAUCUACAAUGGCCAACUAGACAUCAUCGUGGCAGCUCCCCUGACAGAGCGCACCUUGAUGUCCAUAGACUGGAAAGGAUCCCACGCGUACAGGAAGGCAGAAAGAAAAGUUUGGAAGGUCCUUAAAUCUGAUCCUGAAGUGGCUGGUUACGUACGGCAAGUGCAUAACUUCUCUCAGGUAAUUGUUCGAGGUGGAGGACACAUUUUGCCCUAUGACCAGCCUUUGAGAUCUUUUGACAUGAUUAAUCGAUUCAUUUUUGAAAGAGGAUGGGAUCCUUAUUGAUGGAUAAGCUACUUUCCUAAAAGAGAACGUCAGGGGUUUUAAUCUUUGAAAAGAAAAUUUUCAAAACAGAAAAUGUUACAUAAAUAAGAUUAUCUUUUUAAAUCUGCAAAAUGUUUCUAAUCAAUAAAAAUUAUCCU